AUCACUGUCUAGGUCGUUAACUACGAGCGGUCAAAAGUGGCUGCCUUUAGUUUACGAUUUUACGGAUGUUGUCUCCUGGGGGUUGUGUUGAUGAACAGGGUGAUGAAGAUGAAGACUCUGACUCCUCCUCCUCCUCUCACGAAAGUUUCAAAUAUACUGGUAACAAAGAACUGAACGAUUUCUACCAGGGCUUGAAAAACGAAAUAUACUUGAAAAAAUCGACUGAAAAAUAUGUCGAUGAAAAGAAUCAAAUUCUAUGUACUGCUUCCUCGGGAUAUACGUCGAAUUCAAACGAUUCAAAUUCACAAGUUUCGACAUACAAAUCCGCAGAUUGGAUUGGUAUCUUUCAGAAAAGUUUAAAGCUUGACAGUAAUAAAUCCAAUCUGUACAAUCUAUUCAUAAAAUGUGUACGAUACAACCCGGAGUACAAAGGUUUAUGCCUUCAGCCGUUGAAUGAAAAUACAACAUCGACGCAUAUUUCCGCCUUGCCGUUUGAAUUACUCCUAAGAAUUGUUCGAUGGACUAUUGGUAGUCAUUUGGAUAUACGAGUUCUAGGUAUAUUGGCUUGUGUAUGCCGUGGCUUCUAUCUUCUAGCCAAUGAUACUUCAAUAUGGCGUGAUAUAUGCUUCAAAUUAUGGCCAAUAUGGAUCACAUAUGAUAUCACUUGUAAUAACAAUAACAAUAAUAAUAAUAAUUUGGUGUCAGAUCAUCAAAUGACCACUUCACCAUCACUACAACAUUACACUUCUUGGCGUGAAAUGGCAAUCUAUCGACCAAGGGUUCUAUUUCAUGGAUGUUAUCUUUGUCGUGUAACAUAUGUUCGAAUGGGCGAAGCAGAGAUAGGCUCAUCUUAUCGACCGGUUUUCGAAGUUGUCUACUAUCGUGGUAUCCGUUUCCAUGCAUCAUCUAAUCAGAUCAGUAUGUUCACUGCACCAGCAGAUCCAUCGUCUAUUGUCGCUGUAUUAAGUAAAUCAUCAAAUCAAUCGCCGGCUACAACAGAUACAAGCUUGGCUGAAAAUAAUAAUAACAAUAAUAAUAAUAGUAGUAAUAAUAAUAAUAAUGGUAAUAAUAACAGUACGUGUCAAAGCGUUAUGAAAGCAGCUUCCUCUUGUGGUACAUUACUGGAAGGUACUUAUGAAUGGUGUGAUCAUGAUUCGAUCAUAUGCACAUUACACCAAUUGACUGAUAAGGAGAAUCAGCCUCCAAUGCGAAGACGACGAUGUCUGGGUCCUGUUAUACCACAACUGACAGUUACAUUCACCAUUAAAUUUAAAAUCUGUAGUAACAAAGGUCGUUUACACAAUCGCCUUCUCUGGAAUUCUUAUGUUAUUCAUACUGUGGAUAAAUCUAGUCAAAAUGAGAAUACAACUGUCCUUGAGCUAUCGAAUCAACAUUUCCCUCCGUGUCGUUUUGUUCGUGUGAAAAGUUUCACUCCAAAGAUAACAGUUGCACCACUAUAAAUAAAUAAUGAAUACAAUUCAUUUUAUCUUUUUAACAGAUCACUCACUACUACUGGUUUGAUGAUCACGAUCACAGAUCAGCUAGUGGAUCAAUGAAGGAAUGAAUGAAUGCCUAACCCUAGUUAUUCAUAUCCCACUCCACUCCACCCCACCUCAAUACACAUUACACACACACAUAUAUUUGUGCUUUCAUUUUUGCAACUCCUUGCACUCACCCACCUACUCACACGCACACACACACUGACGCGCACACAUGCAAAAGGCAGCGGUUAAUGACAGAAGUUUACUCUAUUUGGCUGUUAGUCAUUUGAUUACUUACUUAGUUAGUUAGUUAGUUAUCCACUCCCACUUAUCAAUAUACUUUUGUUCCUAUUUAUUUUAUUAUUAUUUUUAUUAUUAUUGUAUAAUAUAAAUACUGUAUAAAAGUGUAUAUUGUGGUUUACAAUACAAACAUU